AUGAACAAGUACGAGGUCGUCGGCGUCGUCGGCGAGGGCGCGUACGGCGUCGUCCUCAAGUGCAGGAACAAAGAGACCGGCGACGUCGUCGCGGUGAAGAAGUUCAAGGCGCGUCGCGGCGACGACGACGAAGCGGUGAAGAAGACGACGCUGCGAGAGGUCAAAGUGCUUCGCUCGCUGGAGCAUGAGAACGUCGUCAGCCUCAAGGAAGCGUUCCGGAGGAAAGGCAAGCUGUACUUGGUGUUCGAGUACGUAGAGAAGAACCUCCUCGAGGUUUUAGAAGAGCGCCCCGGCGGGUUGUCCCCGGACACGACGCGGCGAUACGUGUGGCAGCUCGCGCGCGCGGUCGCGCACUGCCACCGCCUCGGGAUCGUCCACCGCGACAUCAAACCCGAGAACCUUCUCGUGAACCCGCGGUCGGACCGCGCGAACGCGCUGAAGCUGUGCGAUUUCGGGUUCGCGCGUCCGCUGCGCGCCAAGGCUGGGCGGGCGGCUUCGCCUUUGACGGAUUACGUCGCGACUCGGUGGUACAGAGCGCCGGAGUUACUCCUGGGGUCGACGUCGUACGGGUUCGAGGUGGACGCGUGGGCGAUCGGGUGCAUCAUGGGCGAGCUCAUCGACGGGCAGCCGCUUUUUCCGGGCGAGAGCGACGUGGACCAGCUGUACGUCAUUCAGAAGGCGAUGGGCGGGCUGACGAAGUCGCAGACGAGCGAUUUUUUACGGAAUAAGCGGUUCGCGGGUCUGAAGUUCCCGGACAUGUCCACCCCGGACGGGAUCGAGAGGAGGUACGCGGGGAAGUGCUCGAACAAGGGCAUGGCGUUCAUGAAGGCCACGCUCGCGAUGGACCCGAAAGAGAGGCUGACGUGGCACGGGAUGCUGACGCACCCGUACUUC